AACUUAUUAAAUAGAUUUGUAUGAUAUAGAAUAGUUGCCUUAUAAUCUAAUGAAUGAGAUGGCGGACAAUCCUUUGGAUUCGUUGUAUGGUAAUCAUGAGCGCUCGUAUCUUGACUCCUUUGAAGAGUAUACGAUGGCUUUGACAGGGUUGCCUAUUGAUCAGGCUUUGUUUCUGAUGACUCAAAUAGUAUCAGUACCUUUUGCAUUUUUGCUCCAAUAUGGUUUACCAGCUUCAAGAGUCGGGGAAUCCGCAAGACAUCUCUUUUGUUUAUUGAUUGGAUUAAUGUUCGGAGUAGUUUGCUUUCGAUGGCAAAUAUUCCAUGUUUUAAUACCGACAGUGGUGGCGUACCCGGUGCUUAUGAUUUACGGAAAGUCAGAAGCUGUUGGAAGAGUGCUUCUAGGCUGUGCAAUGCUUUAUUUGUCGUUGAGUCAUAUGUAUCGCCAGGUCUUUGACUAUGGGUCUUAUAAACUCGACAUAACUGGCCCGCUUAUGAUUUGGACUCAAAAGGUCUCAAUAAUUGGAUGGGCUUACUGUGACGGUCAGAAGCCAGAUAGUGAACUAACUAACGAUGAUCACAGGAAGCACAAAGUGGAUAAACUGCCGUCGUUCCUUGCCUACUGCAGCUAUUUAAUGGGCUUCUUGGGGUUUCAAACUGGACCCUGUUACUUCUUCAAUGACUAUAUUGAAUUCAUGCAGGGGCGUCAUCUUGUGCCGUUUAAAAAGCCAGUCGGCGACCAACUGCUCGACGCUGACACCACUGAUAGCUCAUCGAACUCUGCCAGAAGCUUCGAAAAGUACCCAUCUCCAAUCAAAGCUUUCGUCGUUAACUUGGCUGCGUGUGCUCUGUGUGGUUUGGUCGUGGCCAAGCUAUGUCCUCUUUUCCCCACUGGAUCUAUGGCUAAGGAUGACUUCAUCAGAGACACUUCGUUCAUGUACAAGGUGGUGUACUGCUACUUGACCUGUUUCUUCUACCGCUUCCGAUACUACUUUGCGUGGAAGCUGGGCGAGUGCAUCAGCUACGCCGCCGGCUUCGGCUUCUCCGGCUGGACCGAGGACGGCCAGGAGAAGUGGGAUCUCAUUAAGAACUGCACUCUGGUCAAAUUGGAGACUGCGACUAGUUUCAAAGUGGUGUUUGACGAGUGGAACAAGCAGACUGCGAAGUGGCUGCGAUUCAUCUGCUACACGAGGGUGGUGAACAAGAAGCACGCCACCAAUGCAGUCUUCCUCCUGUCCGCCUUCUGGCACGGAUUCUACCCCGGCUACUAUGUCACCUUCGGACAGGGCAUGCUCUUUGUCUCACUGGGGCGCAAGAUCAGAAAGUCGAUUCGACCGUUUUUCCAGACAUCCACAUCAAAGCAGAUAUUGUAUGGGUUGAUCACUUUCGUGGGCACCCACUUGGCACUAAGUUUUGCUGUCACAGCACAGAUCCUACUUCGACUGUCCAUCGUACUUAAAGUCUACAAGUCCUUGUAUUUCUACAUUGUCAUUAUAUCAUUUGCUCUGCUCUUCCUGCCUUUCCCCAGACCACCCGGACAGCCGAAGAAGAAAGAGAAAGGGGAAGAUGAAGAGGAUAUAAACAAGCCUCUAGAGAAUACAGAAGACGAGAAGAAAGAGGAAUCAGUUAGAAACACAGAUGACGGCUCAGAAUUGAGACAGCGAAACCUAGAAGGACAAUCGGAGGAUUGAACUGUAUUACAAACGGAGAGGGACUAGGAUAUUACGCGACUAAGUAACUUAGCAGUUUCGAACUCAUUUUGAGCCCAGCUAGAAUUUUAUAAUCACUCAGUGAACUGUCCAAUAUAAAUGUAAAUACAAUAAAAAAACCUUUUGUUACCCCCACCAAUUGAUAAUUCCAAGAUUUUUUUUGUC